CUAUUCUCAGACCCCCAGAGCCGGAGAUGAACAAGUGUGGCCUUAUAAAAGGACUGAGAAACAGCGACAAGGACACACAUUUCAAGGUGAAGGAUUGAAUGAACUGCAGUCACAUUUGGAUGCAGAUUUGUGUCCCGGGAGAAACGCCGCUUUCACUGUGAGGCGACUGCAGACAGGCUCUCUCAGCUUUAAAAGUGGCAUGUUACGCGCCAGCCGCACAGAGACGACAACAUGAAAGUGACAGCUCUGCUCAUCAUCUGCUCCUGUCUGCUCCCGGAGAUUUCAGGGGAGCCUAAAUUCCCCGAACAUGAAAAGGAUCCCAAGUUUUGGAAUGCGUGGGCCCAGAAGACCCUGAAGAACGCUCUGACGCUGCAAAAUCUCAAUCAAAAGCAGGCAAAGAAUCUCAUCCUGUUUCUCGGAGACGGGAUGGGCGUUCCCACGGUGACGGCUGCUCGCAUACUGAAGGGUCAGCUGAACGGACAGAGCGGAGAAGAGACGCAGCUGGAGAUGGACAAGUUCCCUUUUGUGUCUCUGGCCAAGACAUACAACACAAAUGCACAGGUGCCAGACAGCGCUGGCACGGCCACAGCUUACCUCUGCGGGGUCAAAGCUAAUGAGGGCACGGUGGGAGUGAGUGCAGCAGCUGUCCGGUCUCAGUGUAACACCACAGAGGGCAACGAGGUCACAUCCAUCCUCAGAUGGGCAAAAGACGCAGGCAAAUCGGUGGGAAUAGUCACAACCACUCGGGUCAACCAUGCGACUCCCAGUGCUUCUUACGCCCACAGCGUGGACAGAGACUGGUACUCCGACAACGAGAUGCCAGCUGAAGCACUGCAGGCCGGCUGUAAGGAUAUUGCCAGACAACUCUUUGAAAACAUUCCCAACAUUGAUGUGAUUAUGGGUGGGGGGAGGAAGUAUAUGUUCCCCAAAAACCAAUCGGAUGUGGAGUACCCUGGUAUUGCAAAGCACAGCGGCACACGAAAAGAUGGAAGGAACCUGGUCGAGGAGUGGACUGACAGAAUGAAGGCUAAAAAAGGCCAUUAUGUGUGGAACAAGAAGCAGCUCUUAUCACUGAACCCUACAAACGUGGAUUACUUAUUGGGUCUCUUUGAACCUUCUGAUCUGACUUAUGACUUGGAGAGGAACACUGAGACUGAUCCUUCGCUGACAGAGAUGGUGGACGUGGCCAUCAAGAUUCUGAAUAAGAACCCAAAGGGGUUUUACCUGCUUGUAGAAGGGGGACGUAUUGAUCACGGACACCAUGAGGGAAAGGCCAAGCAGGCUCUGUAUGAAACUGUGGAGAUGGACAGAGCCAUCGGGAGGGCGGAUCUCCUGACCAGCAUCCACGAUACAUUGACCAUAGUGACAGCUGACCAUUCCCAUGUCUUUAACUUUGGAGGCUACACACCCCGAGGAAACACAAUAUUUGGUCUGGCCCCGAUGCUGAGUGAUGUCGACCAGAAGCCCUUUACCGCCAUCUUAUACAGCAACGGACCAGGUUACAAACUUGUUAACGGUACAAGAGAGAAUGUCUCCACUAUCAACUACCAGGAAAACAACUACCAGGCCCAGUCAGCUGUACCUCUGAGCUAUGAGACUCAUGGAGGAGAGGAUGUGGCUGUGUUUGCUAAAGGUCCCCUGGCCCACCUGCUGCACGGGGUCCAUGAGCAGAACUACAUCCCCCAUGUGAUGGCAUAUGCAGGCUGUAUCGGCCAGAACAGGGAACACUGUCUAACACGCAGUGGGGCUGUCUCACACAGCGGGACGUCCACUAUGGGCACAGUCCUCUCAAGCAUCGCAGCCCUUUUCACAGUCACCCGACUGCUAUGCUGACACUUUUAAACCUUUGAAUUCCCUGUUUUAAUCUGUCAUUCAUUUACAUUUUAAAUCUGUGUUUUUAAAUGUUUGAAUUUUACUCUUCAUUAUUUGAUCAUGGGACCACUGUUAUGGCACUUGUGUGUAAUAAGAAGAAGCAAAAAGAACCGGUUUUAAUCUAUUCUGGAAAUUUGAAAAAAAAAUAAAAAAUCUAAGUAAUAAAUCACCCCAAUGCACUGAAUUAAAAAAGUGUAGUUCAGCACACAAUUACAGAUCCCAAUUCGUGAUUUGUCAGUAGAAUAGCUUUUAUGAUGGAUUUAAGGACCACUUCGUUAAAUGUAAGCCCUUUAGGUUUUGAAUAUAUAGAUUGGUUUAAUAAAUGUAAAUGUGCAGUUAACAGAAUCUACCUCAUUUGCUAGAAAACAAAUCUAUCAUGUAACUGUGGUGUGUUCAGAAAGGCACAUUUUGAUGGACGGAUUUUGAGCCGAAAUCAGAGGCAAAUGAAUGUAUCAUUGACAAAAGAGUAAAAAAAAUGACAAUAUUUCUCGUCAUACAACUUUGUGCGUCCUUGUAAUAGCACUGAAAAAAAAAGCCCACCCACCAUUGUUGUGUCCAAUAAUAGAAGUUGUAAAACCUCUUAACCAAUUAAAUAAAUAUUUGUUUUCUGAUAA